CCCCCACGACUUGUUGCUAUCUUGGUGGCCAUUACCACCCAUUUAUCUCCUUCCAUAUCUUUGCUACCUCCAGGCUCCAGAUCACAACUGCAUUAGGGGUUGCACCGGCACCUCGUCUAUCCAAUUCUCCGACCCUUAAGGAGCGCGAAGGUCCCUUGUUCCCGUUGCUUGCGACCUCAGCCGUCAUCCCCGGCCAUCAACCCAAUAAGAUGGAAGACAACUCUAUCAUUUCUGGCGGUGCCGCCGACGAUGUCCAGACCAAUAACGUCACUGAGGAUGCUCCGGGUGAUGUGAUCAGUGCUUCCGAUGCCCCUGUCUCGCCAAAGCCCCAGAAUGCCGACGGCGAACCCGAAGAUGAGGAGAUGGGCGGCACAGAGCCCGAAACCAAGAAGGAAAGCGAGGGUGACGAGAUUGCCGAAGUAGCUGCGCAAUCGGGAGCUGAGGGCACAGCGGGGGAGCAGCCUGCACAGGGCAAGACUUCUGUCGAAACUUCCGCACGCUCACAUCUCGUCUCACAAACACAUGCCAUCAUUCUCCCUAGCUAUACGUCCUGGUUCGACAUGCACCUGAUCCACCCAAUCGAGAAGAAAGCUCUCGCCGAAUUCUUCAACGGUCGGAACCGCAGCAAGACUCCCGCCGUCUACAAGGACUACCGUGAUUUCAUGAUCAACACAUACCGACUAAACCCCAUCGAAUACCUCACAGUCACUGCGUGCCGCCGCAACCUUGCCGGAGACGUAUGCGCAAUCAUGCGGGUUCACUCUUUCCUCGAGCAGUGGGGUUUGAUCAACUAUCAAGUUGAUCCUCAAACGCGCCCUUCGAACAUCGGUCCUCCCUUCACAGGCCACUUCCGAGUGAUUGCCGAUAUGCCGAGGGGUAUGCAGCCCUUACAGCCCGGUCCCAAUCACUUCGUCAAGCCUGGCAAGCCUCUUCCCGCUACCGAUCGCGCAGCCUCAGCUACACCUACAUCUAAGGCCGAUCUCAACCUCGAAAUCCGUCGCAAUGUCUACGAUGAUAAGGGCAAGGAAAUUACCCCUGCCACCGAAGAUAAGGAGAAGCAGACCAACGGCGAGGGCUCGGCCGCCAACGGUACCCCCACCGAUGCAGCGACCAAGGCACUGGAGAGCGCAAGCAAGGAGCCAAGAAAGAAGUUCCAUUGCUUCUCCUGUGGUAUCGACUGCACUCGCCUUAGAUUCCACUACGCUAAAUCGACGCCGGCGACUGCGAACCCCGCUCCUGACACCAAGUACGACCUCUGUCCCAAUUGUUUCCUGCAGGGCAGGAUGCCUUCUAGCCACAAUGCCUCCGACUUUGUCAAACUCGAAGAAAGCCCCUACACAAUUGCCCCCGACAAAGAUGCUCCGUGGUCCGACUCGGAACUCAUUUUGCUCCUGGAGGGUCUGGAGAACUUUGACGACAACUGGGAACAAAUUGCCAACCAUGUCGGAUCGAGAACCAAGGAGGAGUGCGUGAUGAAGUUCCUGCAGCUCGAGAUCGAGGACAAGUACCUUGAAGACACCCCAGAGGUACGGGCGUCGGCUGGUCGCGAUCCGAUCAGCCAGUCUGAGAACCCUGUUCUUUCGGUGGUCGCGUUCUUGGCUCAGAUGGCCGAGCCCUCUGUGGCUGCUGCUGCGGCCGGUCGCUCAGUGGAAGAAAUCCGCAAGGAGCUCCGAAAGCAACUUGAAAAGGGUUCCGGGUCCGAGAAGUCCCAGGAGAAGGGCAAGGAGAAGGAAAGUGCCGUGAAGGCAGAAGACUCCAUGGAGCUGGAUGCUACCCGCGAGGACGCUGCCGAUGAGGUUACAGAGAGCACCGAUGCGAACAAGCAAGGCAAAACCACCCUCUCUACUGUUGCUCUCGCUGCCUCUGCGGCCCGCGCCGGAGCCCUGGCGUCUCACGAGGAACGGGAGAUGACCCGCCUGGUCUCGGCUGCGGUCAACGUGACGCUGCAGAAGUUCGAGAUCAAGUUGCAGCAGUUCAACGAGAUGGAGGAAAUCAUCGAGGCUGAACGCCGCGAGCUCGAGCUCGCUCGGCAACAGCUCUUCUUGGACAGAAUGGCCUUCAAGAAGCGAGUCAAGGAGGUUCAAGACACACUUCAAUCGGUUAGCUUGAGGGGCCCCGGCGAGGAGACAAAUGCUCUGCUCGCAGAUGCCGCCACGGUGGGCAUUGGAAAUCGGUACAACUUCCAGCCUACGGGCGCCGAUGCCAGCCGAGGCGUGCAACCGUUGAGUGCAGAGGCAGGUGCCGACUACAAGGCCUUGGACUUGUAAUGAAAUUCUAAUUCUUCAUAAAUCGCCAUGCAUCGUUGGACACGUCUUUUGAGUGGCGAAGAAUAUCUAAAGAAUCUUUGUUCUUUUUUUUUUUUCUCUCUUAACUGUUGUCAUGACCUGGGCAGGAAAGCUGAGAUGGCAGGGGUUAUCUUCUUUCAUAAUAUCCAAUUGUAUUUUGUUGUACAAUAUCAUAGGGGCCGAGCAGAAGCCCAAGAGCGCCAGGAGGUCAGGAUACUGCCUGUGACAGGGGGUUUGUUGGAGAAGGGAGGCAGAGCUUCGGUAGAAGCGAAGCGGCUUUGGUGAUGAAUGAUGGAUGGGUUUCACUAUGGUUUGAUUCUUCGAUCCUCGUUUUUCUUUUUCUUUUUCUUUUAACUAGGUAGGAAAAGGCGCACAUGUUUUGGAGUUCAGAGCUAUUCGUGCCCGCAAGUCAAUG